ACGGGAAAGCGCCGGCCUAUGCGCAUACACAAAUCCGGGUACUACGGAAGUCUAGGGAGAAUUGUUCUGGAAUCCCGGACUAAGGGUCAAACGCAUGCGCAUAUCCAUAACUGAUGCUGGCCCUAAAAGAAAUCCAGGUGCCGAGGAAUGAUGUCCCAGGCGCCUGCGCGCUGAGUCUCCUGAUGUAAACAGGGGCCUCCAGGUAUCAGACAUGGGUAAAUCUUUUUCUCACUUGCCUUUGCAUUCCUGUAAAGAUGAUGGCUAUGAUGGAAUGACAUCAUCUGAUAAUAUGAGGAAUGGCUUAAUUCAUUCUGAAAGCCACAAUGAAGAUGGAAGGAACGGAGACGUCUCUCAGUUUCCAUAUGUGGAAUUCACCGGAAGAGACAGUGUCACGUGCCCUACUUGUCAGGGGACUGGCAGGAUUCCUCGGGGCCAGGAAAAUCAACUCGUGGCAUUGAUUCCAUACAGUGAUCAGAGACUAAGGCCGAGAAGAACAAAGCUCUAUGUGAUGGCAUCUGUGUUUAUGUGUCUGCUGCUUUCUGGGCUGGCCGUUUUCUUCCUGUUUCCUCGAUCCAUUGACGUGAAAUACGUUGGUGUGAAGUCAGUGUAUGUCAGUUAUGAUGAUGCAAAGCGUGUGAUCUACUUAAAUAUCACGAGCACCCUAAAUAUAACGAACAACAAUUAUUAUUCUGUGGAAGUCGCAAACAUCACAGCGCAAGUCCAGUUUUCAAAAACUGUUAUUGGAAAGGCGCGAUUAAAUAACAUCACCAAUAUUGGGCCACUGGAUAUGAAACAGAUUGAUUACACAGUUCCUACCACUAUAGUAGAUGAGAUGAGUUAUAUGUAUGAUUUCUGCACGAUGAUCUCCAUCAAAGUCCACAACAUCGUGGUCAUGAUGCAAGUGACUGUGACUACCACCUACUUUGGGCACUCUGAGCAAAUAUCCCUAGAGCGGUACCUGUAUGUCGACUGUGGAAGAAACACCACCUACCACCUGGGCCAGUCGGAGUAUCUGAAUGCGUUGCAGCCACCUCAGUAGAUGCUGUGAGGAUGCGGCUGAGAGAAGGAUGCCCCGCAGCGCCCCCGGCUCUCGCUCACGAAGACCCCUUUGUCACCCGCCGCAGGCAGACCUCGACUUCUCUCUCCUGUCUUAGGGGUACAGUUAAAAAUAUGUAGGAGUGCUCUUGCCGAAACUUUCCCUCUAUUGUGGUGUUGUAUUUCGUAGUAAUAGUCGACAUUAACAUAGUGCUCCAGGACUCACCAGGCACUUUACAUAUAUAUUAUUUGUGUCCUUUGGUCCUCACAACAACUCUGUGUGAUAAUUACUGCAGGAACUGUUUGUCCCCUUUUCACAGAGGAGGAAACUGAGUCUCAGAGACAUUCAGUGACUUGGCACAGUUAUAGUUAAUGAGGAUAGGAAUUGGCGUUUGACCCCGGCCCCUCCUGACUUCUAGGGUCUCUUUUUCUGAGACUCUGCCUGUUUAUACCAGAAACUUCCAUGUGAGAGGCUUAGUGGUAAAAACAAAGGCCUGUAUUUCUGAACAUUUUCCAAACCAAGUAUCUCACCACAAAUAAGUAUAAAGACACUAUCCUGCCAUUCACAACAUUCUCAUCAGGGAACGGGGUUUGAGGUCUGUUGUCACAUGGAAGCAUUGCCGAAGGCCUCAGUCAGGAUCAGAAAGGGCAGUGCAAAUCAGCUCGGCCAACCCCUAAUUAGGGGUCACCAACCCAAGGUCAUCUAGGCCGCAAGUGGCUGCCGAGGCAGGAUUUGAACCCAGGUCCUCUGGCUCCCAGGGCAGCACCCUUUUUACUCCUGAAACUGGAGAUGUGAAACAGUCGGUUUUUUAGCUUUUCAUCUAUUAUGUCGAGCUGAUUAAUGCUCUGAAAAUUUGUAAGCCGAAGUAAUGUUGGCAAAAUCUUAGUCUAAAGUUCUGUAUGGCCCCUAGGAUGAAUUAUCAGGCUCAUCAGAUUUGUGUGAUUUUUAGGCAUCAGCAUAAUCAGUAAUCAGCCGUACUGGGCUGUAAAUGAUGGAGCUGGGCAUGAACUACAGUCCAACUCUGUCACUGAAGGAUUAAGUCAACUAAAUGUGCAGUUGAUUGUGAUACAAAUCCGAGACUUCUUGUAUUAGACUGUCAUCGGGUGCCUGCGAAAUGUGGAUAACAUGCACGAAAGAGAGAACGCCAACGCCGCUCUUUUAUGUGUGCCAGUCAGAUUUCAUGAGAAGGCCUUAGAACAAUCCUCACUUCUACAUGCGUGUUUACCUCAAUUACCUUUGUAAUCUGUUGUAGAACAGGAAAAACGUCACUGUGGUCAGCAAACAUGAAGGAAUUCUACAUAUUAUUAAACCAUUGGAAUCAGUCUUUAAUGUUUUAAAUUACAAACCAGAUUAUGUUUUAGUUAAUUUGACUGGUGAAUCCCUUUUGGCUUUUCCAUUUCCUAAUCCAAACUCCCCGGAUCCCUCUUCUCUUGCACACACACACACACACACACACACACACACACACACAUGUGACUGUGUUUUCAUUUAAUCUUUGCUAGGCAGGCUUCUCCCUUUUCAUUCAACAAGUAGUCAUUGCCUACGCUGAGUAUUGUCCUGGGUGAGGUCCCGAGGGAGCACCACAGACAGACACUAUCUCUCAUCGCUUUAAACAGUUGAUUCUUUGAGUUUUAUUUCACAAAGAGAAUUCAGGGUCACCUAAAGUUCCAGCCUUGUCAUGGAGAGUCACAGUCACUGACAUUUUGAUAACUUUGAAUUUUGAAAAGCACUUCUCUUUCAUCCAUGUUCGAUCCUCAGGACAACCCUUUAACUGGGUGCUGGGUGGUGGUAAGCCCCUUUUAAGGAUGAGGAAACUGAGCUGAAGAGGGGCUCAGAGCUGGUAAGGAGGAGAGGUGGGAUUUGAACCCAGGACUCCAAGCUCAGUGCUUUUUUCACUGCCUCAUAUUGAGCCUUAUCCUUGAGACUCCAUUUGAAAGGCUUAAAGCAUCGAAUACGUUGAGUUCUCUUGCCUGCGCUUUCUUUACGUCCUGCUAGUUCCCUUCGUGAAAUCUUCAUUUCACUUGUUUGCUUGCGCUCUUGUUUCAGGGCUAAGCAUGGCAGACUUCUCUGUGUUUUCUGCCUCUUUAAGUCUCCCAUGCACCAUUUCCUCUUUAUGCCAAACCUCUUUCUGGAUGCCAGUAGCUUGACCAAGUCCAAUCUUCUCAGUCUUCACUUUCUUGGCCCCAGUACAUUUAACACCAUCAUGUACCCCAUUCUUGAAAAUCUCUUCCUGUUGUUGAUGGUGCUCGUGUCUUCUGGCCCUCCUUUCUGAAAGCCUGUCAGCUCAUUCUGUUGUUUUUUCUCUCUGAGUCCUCAUCCGAAUGUCCUCAUUAAUCUGAAAGCCUGUCUUUUCUCUCUGCUCACACAUAGAAAUACUCACUGAUUAAGAUUCUGAAGUGACCUUGGAACCCUGAUUCUUCUCCUGAAUUUGCAGUGAUUCUCUCUGCCCCAGACUCACUGUUCACAGCAGGAGCGUCUUGGCUCCUCCAGGUAUAAAUCUUAGGUCUCAUCUUCCCUUCCCCAUCCCUAACCAAGCCCUGCCAAGCCUUCCCCUCUGCUUCGAUCUCCCCUCUUGUGUGCAUUUGCCACCACCCCAUUCUACACUGUCACCUCCUCCCUCUUUCUCCAAGGCCCUUUAUCCCAUUGUAGCCAUCAUCUCCAUUGGGAAACCAUCAUGGAUUCCUGCUUACCGUGCCCCCCCCACAAUGGCUAAUUCUUCCUUGUUUUCCCUAAGCUCUGGUUUCAUUUGUAAACUCAUUACCCUGCCCUUCUAAUUGCAUUGCUUUUCAGAAAUUCUUCAUCAUCGUUUGUGUAUACAUGCAUGUAUAUGCAUGUGCUGUGUACCUAUUUCCCAGAUAUCUCAUUGGUCUCGAUGGACAGUCUCUCAUUUGAACCCUGCUAGCUCCGCACUCUCGUGCACACACAUAAUUUAACUUGGUGUGUGGUUUGCACACAGGCGUCAGUCAAAUGUUGAUUAACCAGACCAGGGUCUAAGAAUGUGAAUAAUGUUAUAAUUAAGAAAAUAAUCUACCUUAAUACAUAUCUCAAAGCUUCAGAAUCAAGGUUGGUUUGUUUAGGCUUUUUUCUACUUUUUAAUCAUAGACAUACAUUUCACUUGAUUUCAGAGCUUCUGAAGUUGGAAGGAAAAGAAAACAUUACUGAAUUCAUGAGAGAUAUUGAGUAUGAUCCCUCUUGAAGAGGGUCACUGAGCUUCCAAGAGGGCAUAGGAUGGCCAUGUAAAACCUGAGCAAAUCACAUGCCCUUCUCUCCAACCCAUGUGAUGAAAAUGUUCAGGUGAAAUUUGUUUGUUGGUCAUGAGUAAAUGUGUAGUUUGAGUUUUUAAGUUGUGAGGUCACUCCCCGCCAGGCUGUCUUCUCAGAGUAUCCAGAUGAUCUCAUAAUGAAUUGUGAGGUCACUGGUUGCUACCCGACCUCCUCCUUGCUAACACUCUGCCCAAAGUCAGGGCUGGGGGCCUACACUAUGGUAAAGCUCUGUGUCCUUGCAGGGUCUGGCAGGAGCCUUUGAGCUCCAGGAUUCUUCCUGGAUGUGAGAUGAUGGGAGCAUUUCAACAUUCAGUGCUUGACAUCACUUUCAGAGACUUUAAUGUUUCACUAUAAAGAAAAGUUAGGAGAUAUUCAUAACCGGACUUAGAAAUUAGUGAUUUCUUGGAUUAGUAGUGACUAAUACAAGUGUAUACUUAUUUAAUGUUUAAUGUCUUCUGAUCAUUCCCUAUUCCUAAAUGAGAUUUCCAGCAUCUCACUAAGUAAGCAUUAGAUGAUAUUCAAAACUGACCUAAAAGUGAAGGAGCAACUGAUCUAAAAUUAAGUCCAGUGUUCGCUAAUUAUUUUAUUAGUAACAUUCUGGUAGAAAAUGUCAGAAUAAGCUCCCUUUACUGACCCCAAAAGUUCUCAUAUUUAGUUGGCCUACUGUCCCCUUUUCAAAAAAAAAAUUACUCAGCACCCCCCUGGAAAUCUACUUUCUUUUUAGCCCUUUAACAUUUUUAAAAAAAUUUGCAUCAUUUCGAAAAAGUAUGAAAUGUUGUUUAAAUGGCCCAUCUUAAGUUUAAUAAUUUAUUGUAAAUUUGUGGGGUUUUUCCUGCAUUGAAAUUUUGAUGACACAAUAUUGUGUCACAUAACCAUGUGGUAUCGUAUUGUAAACAGGUUAUUAUGUGCGCAUAUCCCUGCCCAUGCAUGCUGUACUUCGCAAAAAUGCAUGACAUACUUGCCUGCCAACACUUGCUUGUUAAGACUUGUUGGUGGACUUGACUACUGAUAGGUUAGAACUUGCAUUUUAUGUGUUCAUUUGGAAAAUAAUGUAACCACUAAGACUUUAACUUUGUUACACAGCAGAUGAAACGCACGAACAGUUUUUCAAAAUUUUCUUCUUUUCUUUCCUUAUGCUUUCACUGCCCGCUUCUUUUUAUUUAGAGCCCCCCAGUUGCACCCAAGGCUACUACCACCCCCCUGGAUCAUUCCAGUGCCACUCAGGGUGGUAUCGCCCACUUGGGGAACCUAUGACUGACCCUAAAUAGGUUGGACAAUAAAAUGAGGCUAGUAGAUAAAUAAGCAGCACCUUUGCUCAGAAAAGCGCUUUGAAAGCUAUUUACAACUGUGAUUUUAUUUUCAUGGUAUUUCUUUUACAAGUUUUUUACGUUUUGAUCUUUCUUGGCAAAUGUGAUGAAGAUUCCUUAUAGAUACUUGUGAAAAUGCAUAUGACGCGUCGCAUUCAUAGGAAAGGAGUAUCUUCCAAGUGUUUGCUGCUCCCUAGUUAGAUGUUCAGGCAUCUCUCUGCCAUGCUGGGCCUCUCCUAGGGAGCAGUGUGAUGUAAUGGCCCCCACUGUGGACUGUACCCUCCUUGUGCAGAGGGAGGCCUGCCUGUCAUGACCCCAGGGCCUCUCUUCACCCUGCUGCCAUUCAUACAGUGCCUUGGGGUGGAGAAAAGAGCCAUCCUGGGCCAGGCUGGUGACAGAGGAGCCCACAUCAGCCCACAAAGACAAACACGCUUGCCCCCCACCCCGCCCAUAAUGGAUCGGGUAAAGAGCUUAGUAGUGAAGUAACCUGUGCAGGAGUUCAUCAGGAGCUGAGCUUUGUUCAACACAUGGGAAGGGAAUGACUAAGUUGGCUGACGUUUCACUGAUGCAGUUAUGAUGGGCUUAGAUUGGCUGCUCACAGGACGCAUCUCCAGUAGACUUUGCGUUUCUCAUCCAUCCCCUCCUCCCCCACGUUAUUUCAGUGUGCCAGGUUCCUCAUGGUCACAUUUUUGCCAUUUUGAUGCUAACAAAUAAAAUUGCAUUUUUUUUUUCCUUCCCCAGAAAACUUAGUUCUGGAAAUAAACAUGAAUUCCACAUGGUGAUUACAUGUCUUAGGAAAACAGUAGUACCUUAAUAUAUGAAGUUACAUUGAAAUCUGUCUUCUCCCAGUACAGCAAAGAAUAGUUCAUGAAGUUUUCUAGUAUGAAAGCUUUGCAUUUGUGAGGGACUUGGCCAUUCUUACAUGGAGUCUCAAUAAAUUGGGGAACUUGGGGCACUUUAAAUGUGCAUUUCAAAUUCCUUGGACGUGUCAUGAUCCAGUAGAGCUUUUCAUAUUUUGAAAGCAUUGUAAUGAUAAAAAAAAUAACCUUCAAGAUCUGUCAAUGUCAACUAAUGGUUUUGUUUUGCCUUUUUCCAGUUUAAAAGAUGCAUUUUUGGAAGGAAAACUUUAAAAUACAUUCACAAUGUUCAUCUUCAUAAUCUUCAUUGAAUACUAAAAUAAAGUAUUUAGUCUUUUAUAUGUAAUAUGAAUUGAAUAUAAGGAUUUUAGAUUAUGAGCAAAUAGGUUAUCAGCAGACCAGUAAGUUAAUGUAUAUUCAUAGCUCCACUGAGGCAACAAGUGCUUUGCUUAUAGCAUUCUUUUAUCUAAGAAAUUCAGUGGAUAAUUUAUUAUUUUCAUUUCCUUUUCCUAUAUACAGUUACUGAAUUUAAAAUGUUUAUUAUUCUUGAAUCAAAUUUGACUUGAAGAAAAAAUAUUUCUAAAUUAUUGGGAGAAUUGUUUAAAAGUAUUUUAGACCCUUCCGUGUUUUUAGCAUUUGAAAUAUCACAUUAAAACAAAAUAUAUUUGCAAAUUUUAAAAAUUGAAGUUCUCUCCCAGAUGAAGAUAAAAUUUUUUAUAAGUUUAUUUUUUCCUCUUAGUCAAAAUUCCUUUUGUCAUGGCUGAGUCAGUUAUAUUUUUGUGUGUGCACAGAGAGCACAGAUCUCAAAGCAAUUUUUUCAGCCUAUGCCCUGAUUGCUGAUUAUUGAAACUUUAAUGUCCUCUUCUUGGAUGGCACUUAAGUUACUGAUGUAGUUUUUUAAUAGGAAAGGCAGAACCCCUUCCCUGGGCUCUAUGCCAUGUGGUUUACACUUCUUGGGGUUGGUUGACUUCAUCCCCCUUUGUCCUUGUGUAUUUUGUGUUUAGCACAAGCCCUAAAGUAAAGGCCAUGGCUCUGUGUCUUUCUAUACAAGACCUCAUUAGAGUUCAUUAGGUUCAGGACUGUAUAUAAAUUAAUGAGAAAGUUUCUGGUAAAUUUUUCAUGGUAAAAUAUAACUUCUAAGAAGGGAAAUUGCUACCUUCUGUGUAUUACAUUAAUUGAAAUGUGUUUAAGGAGUAAAUUUCUAGCAUAUUUUAGUAAAAGAACAAAAAAGGAUGAGUAUUGGGCCAAUGGCCUAGAGACAAUACUAUAUACUACCAUGUAGAUGAUCUGGGUUCCAACUCUCUUUCCCAGAAUUGUAAAAAUCCUUGAAGUCUGGGAGCUGCUGUCUCCCCUUCUAUCCUUGGGAGAUCCUUAAUGCAACGUCAGACUUGGUUGUUGCUUAAGCAGCUGGAUUCUAACUGAUGGAUUAUUUUGGAUAAGAAGUUUUGUUCUUUGUGACCCACUGGGAUUUUGAAAUCUUAUGAAUUGUGGAAUAUGCCUUCUGGGUAGCCUUUCAAAGCUAGACUAAGAUUAUUUAAUGUAGUUUUUAAAGGAUGAUUCAGUGCGUGCUGUGUGCUGGACUCCACCUGCUCAGUAACUUCUCAAGUUAGGAAUAGCAAUGCUAGUUGGGCUCUAGUCUUUUCUUUCAUGGCGGGUGAAGAACAGAACCUAGAACUUGGCUGUGUGUUGGACACUUUUUGUUUGUAUUAACAUUCAUCAAGGAUAUUAGUGACACAUUAAGCUCUUCAAUGCAAGCAUUUGUGUGUGAGCUGAACCAUUGUUGCAGUUCACCCAAUCAAAUAUGCAGAUCAUACAUGAUAAAAACAUAAAAACAAGAUAAAGUAGAACUAUUUUUGUAAUUAAAAGUUGUAACUGUUGCUCUUGUAACUAUGUGUGUCAAACUAAAAUCUGUAAUAAAUUUGUUAGCUAAGCAUGAAAAAUAAAAUUUCUUCCUGUCAAAGUGCGUUUGGAUAUGCAUUUUGAGUUCAUUAGAAUCAAGUAGUCAAAGGUUGUGUGGAUCUCCUAGCCUUAAAAUUCUUAACAAGGACUUUACACAGCAACAUUUUUAUGUGGUUCCUCUGUCACUAAAAAAGUAAAUUAUAAAAAAAUUAAUAUUUAAAGAUAUCUGGAUUCUGCUGGGGAGAGGGCUGUGCCGAUUUUUAAUUAAGAUAUAUUUUAGAUAUCUUUGGUAACCUAGAAUUAGUCAUCAGUAUUGUAUAUCUAAAUGAUCACAAUUCUGUGGUAUUGAUUGGGCUAUCGAUGUUUAUAAACAGUCCGCCAAAAGUUCAUUAACAAGUUCCUGUGCUAUGUGUUUCUAUUUAACCCGUUACUAAUUUUAAUUGUUUGGGAAUGGCUGCUGUUAAUCAGAUAGCUCUACAAAAUUAAUGAUUGGAGUGAUUAUGAAAUAAAACUUUGGAUUUACCAAAAGGAAAAAAA